AUGAAGGUUCUCGAUCCUCAAGCCGCCCUUUUCACGACCGCGGAAGUCUACCAUUUCUUGGCCAGCAACCCACCCCGACCACAACAGAAGCAGACAGGGUCUUACCCGUCAGUGAACACAAAAGGAUAUCAGCAAGUUCGAGAUGAUUUUGAUCAUUACAUAUCGACUACGAGUCCGUACAUCAAGGACUACCCUGCGCCCGAGACCUUCGUCAAGGCAGUUGUACCGAAACUGAAGGCGUUUGGCUUGACCAAGACCGAGAUUUUCAACCUGAUCAAUCUAGGGGUUGGCCUGUCUACCGCCCAAUCUACACAAAAGUCCGUCGAGAAUUCCGAUGGCAUGGAUGUUGACGGCGACGGGGCCGGAGAAGAUGCCCCAGAAGAACCCGACUAUCGACAGAUGUUGUCGCUGAUCGUGGAAGAGUUGGAUGACAGAUUCUCGGGCGACGAAGGGGAAUCCAAGAUCCAGAAGAUAUUCGACACCAUGCGCAGCGAAUAUGAGCGGGCCAAGAAGGGCAAACCCGCCAAAGGGACAAAGGCCAAGGUGAAUGGCACAAAAUCGAAAUGA